CUUAAUCGUGAGGACAUUAUGGUCGUGGAUUGUCCUCUUGCUUGAGCUUAAGAGUAAGUUCUUUGUAAAAUUGUAUUCAGUGAUCGUUAUACAGCAAAAUACGGUAAAAUGGCGACCACCAUAGAUCCUGUUAGAGAAAAGGCUCUUCAAGAUUACAGAAAAAAGCUUUUAGAGCAUAAAGAAGUGGAAUCACGCCUUAAGGAAAUGCGCGAACACCUCAAGGAUCUCACCAAACAGUAUGAUAAGUCAGAAAAUGAUUUAAAAGCUUUACAGAGCGUUGGACAGAUUGUUGGAGAGGUAUUAAAACAACUCACUGAAGAAAAAUUCAUUGUAAAAGCUACGAAUGGUCCACGUUAUGUAGUGGGAUGUAGACGUCAACUUGACAAAAAUAAGUUGAAGUCUGGAACAAGAGUAGCGCUAGAUAUGACUACACUCACUAUAAUGCGAUAUUUACCAAGAGAGGUCGAUCCUUUAGUAUAUAAUAUGUCUCAUGAAGAUCCUGGUGAUGUUACAUACUCUGCCAUUGGUGGUUUAAGUGAACAAAUUCGAGAGUUAAGAGAAAUUAUCGAGUUACCUCUAUUAAAUCCAGAACUUUUUCAAAGAGUUGGAAUCACACCUCCUAAAGGUUGUCUUUUGUAUGGACCACCAGGAACCGGGAAAACAUUGUUGGCUCGCGCUGUUGCUAGUCAGUUGGAUGCCAAUUUUCUAAAGGUCGUUUCUAGCGCCAUUGUUGACAAAUACAUUGGAGAAUCUGCGAGAUUAAUUAGAGAGAUGUUCAAUUAUGCGCGCGAUCAUCAACCUUGCAUUAUAUUCAUGGAUGAAAUUGAUGCUAUUGGUGGACGUAGGUUCUCUGAAGGCACAAGCGCUGAUCGUGAAAUUCAAAGAACUUUAAUGGAGUUGCUCAACCAAAUGGAUGGUUUUGAUUCUCUGGGUCAAGUUAAAAUGAUUAUGGCUACAAACAGGCCUGAUACAUUAGAUCCAGCGUUGCUUAGACCUGGUAGAUUAGACCGUAAAAUUGAGAUUCCACUGCCCAAUGAACAAGCUAGGUUGGAAAUUUUGAAAAUUCAUGCUGGUCCUAUUGCCAAACAUGGAGAGAUUGAUUAUGAAGCGGUGGUCAAGUUAUCUGAUGGUUUUAAUGGUGCUGAUUUAAGAAACGUAUGUACCGAAGCUGGCUUGUUUGCUAUCCGCGCAGAACGAGAGUAUGUUGUGCAAGAAGACUUCAUGAAGGCUGUACGAAAAGUCUCUGAUAAUAAGAAAUUAGAAUCUAAACUGGAUUAUAAGCCCGUCUAAUAUCUUUAUAUCAACAUUCAUAACGUGUAUGAUGCCUUGUACGCGAUAAUUAUAAAUACUGGUAAUCAAACUAUACCAGUAUUACAUUUGUAUGAAAGAAUGAAAUUAAAUAUGAAAACAUUGUGUCAA